GAGUGGAAGGGGAGCGCGCGCCUCGACGUGAGGCAGAAACGGGCGAUAUAAAAAAAGCGUUUUAAAAAAAAAUAAUAACAUUUCGGGGGAACUUCAUUAUAUCACGCCCAAACAUAUCCAAGUCGGACCGCGGCGCUGAAAGAAGGAAAAGGAGAACUGAUACGGAGGAGAAAGUUUUUGGCAGUUCUUCGUUUUGGGGGAUUUCACCGGGUUCUGCUAGUUGGCUUAGCUGGUAGCUUGCUGGUUGGCUAGUGGGAGAUUGUUGUUGGCUAGCCGACCUGUUGUGCGUCGCUAGUUAGCUUAGCUAGCUGUCGUUUAUGGGUGGAUUUCACGCCGUGCUUGUUGAUUUACUGGACUGAAGUGAAACUGGCCUGCUUCUGAGGACAAGCGAGCAUAAUCAGCCACCCUGUUCCCACCCCUCCCCACUUAUCUCUCUCUGGCUGGCUACUGCAGCUAGCUACAGCACUUAGCCUGGUAGCUAACAGCGGCUAAGCCUGGUGGCCUCUUGGGCAAGGCAGUCUUGCAACACAGCUACCUCUGGUGAGCGUCUUGGAACUUUCGAAAACGUCAAACUACCUACCGAUCAGCUGUAAGUCUUUCAGAACAGCUUCCCGUUCACACGCUAGCAAAGAGACCGAACGUAAAGAGAGCAAACGACGACGGAGCGAGAAAAACAAGCGGCAGAGGAUCUGACAAAUAGAUAUAAAGUCACAGACGUGACCAGCUGCCUGGAGUUAGCCAGCGAACAGUCUCUUGCUAACGUUAGUUCUCUUGACACCAGCGAAAAGCUCAGCAGCUUGUCGAAGGUGUCACAGGGCACCUGCAAAGAUUAUAACAUAGGCGUGAAACUGUUUUAUACUCUUACACACCAGUUUACGCCUGUAUAGUGGGCACUUAAUAGUAAAACAUUCUUUCUUAAUGUGCUCAGCUAGGUAAUCCAUUGGCCUUAUAAAAGCUAACCUAUUUAGCUAUAUAGCUAAUCCACACUCCGUAAGCUUAAACCACCCGUAGGAAGGUGAAACCAUUGAGGUAUUUCGUCUGCUUGAUUUGUUUGUCAAGUUUACGCGCUAGGCAUUGUCUAAUAACUUUUUGUUGCUUAAGCUAUAUGAUUGUCACACUGACUUGGACAUAUCGAAACUCGAGCCGAACAAUUGACAACACGUUCAUUAAAACUAGGCAAACGUUUCUCCAUUAGUGGGUUGGGUUUUUCAUUGAAUUUGGUGAAAGUUGUGCUUCUUUGUAUUUCUUGGCACUCCUGGUAAUUCCUCCCAGGGGAUUGGGACGUAUGUUUUCAGCCGUUCCAGUCCGUGUUAGAUUGCCACCUAGCUAAUUAAUUGCAACCACUAAGUACAGCGGUGGCUUGCUCCAUUGGCAGCAAGCGUUUUCAGUACUGCAAACCGGCCACUACAUGGACUGAUAAGGAGAAGUUUAUUUAUAUUUUUGUACGUUUCAAUCCAGAAAUUAAAAAUAUAUCUAUAUAUAGAUAUAUAUAUAUAUACAUAUAGUUAGAGAUCAGGACAUCACCGCCGUACAGCCAUGAGUAUUGAGAUACCGGUUGGUCUGACCGAGUUGCUGCAAGGCUACACCGUGGAGGUGCUACGCCAAAGGCCCCCGGACCUGGUGGAGUUUGCCGUGCAGUAUUUCACUCGUCUGAGGGAUACGAGGAGCCAAGAUGGGUCUGGGGCCACUGCCAAAUCCGGCGGCAAGGGGGUGAUGUUUGAUGGCGAGCCGAUGCAAACGGAAUCUAACGGAGACGAAGACGACGACGAGGACGACUCGGACUUCGAGCCCCCUCCCCCCAGCAGAUUUAACCGGAGAGUGUCGGUGUGUGCAGAGCCUUUAAAUCCUGAUGAUGAUGAGGAAGACUCUGAGCCAAGAGUCGUUCAUCCAAAAACAGACGAACAGAGAUGCAGGUUACAGGAGGCCUGCAAAGACAUACUACUGUUUAAAGCUCUUGACCAGGAGCAGUUUUCACAAGUGCUGGACGCCAUGUUUGAAGUGAUUGUGCAACCCCAAGAACACGUAAUCAAUCAGGGAGAUGACGGGGAUAAUUUCUACGUCAUUGAGAGGGGAGUAUAUGAUAUUGUGGUGCAGAAGGAUGGCGUAGGCUGCUGCGUUGGUCAAUAUGAUAAUAAGGGCAGCUUUGGAGAACUGGCGCUCAUGUACAACACACCCCGUGCUGCUACCAUCAUUGCAAAGCAGGAAGGAGCCCUUUGGGGACUGGACCGAGCAACAUUCCGUAGGCUCAUAGUGAAGAACAACGCAAAGAAGAGGAGGAUGUACGAGAGCUUCAUUGAGUCUGUUCCACUGCUUAAAUCUCUGGAGCUAUCUGAAAGGAUGAAGAUUGUUGAUGUUUUGGGAGUUAAGACUUUCCAGGAUGGAGAGAGAAUCAUCAUGCAGGGUGAUCAGGCAGACUGCUUUUACGUCGUGGAGUCUGGGGAGGUGAAGAUCAUGAUGAAGAGUAAAACGAAAGCAGACAGGCAGGAUAAUGCAGAGGUAGAAAUCACUCGCUGCACCAGGGGACAGUACUUUGGAGAACUUGCUCUUGUCACCAAUAAACCACGAGCUGCCUCAGCUUACGCCAUCGGGGAUGUCAAGUGCUUGGUGAUUGAUGUGCAGGCGUUUGAGCGGUUGCUGGGCCCGUGUAAAGAGAUCAUGAAGAGGAACAUCGUUCACUAUGAGGAGCAGCUAGUGGCUCUGUUUGGCUCCAGCAUGGAUCUGAGAGACUGAUAGAGACUGGUCGUGCCUUACACACAAUACGAACACACAUGAACACACAGAAACACAUAAUCAAACACACACUUUAUAUACACACACAUAAUUUUGUAGGCACACACUCCUUUUUAUGCUCAACUUAUUCCAGAAGAGAGAAUUUUCUUUUUUCUCUCUGUUUUUGCUCCAUCUCUUUCCGUCUGACCUCCCCAUCCCCUCCCCCUAUACACACACACACACACACACCCACACCCAGAUAUGCACACCCGCAGUCAAAACAUCAGCUUUUCAGUAUGAAAUUGAAGCAUUACCCUUUCUACGGCUCUGACCCUGAACCAGUCUGACAAGGACAGACAGAUACACAUACACACGCUUACUCACACACAACAUACACACAAAACAACAAAUAAACCCAGCCAAGGACCCAUCCCUUCCCAUGGACACGCGCUCAAAAAAAAUGAAAAGAGGAUUUCGGUGGACUAAAAAAAGAAAAAUGUUGGGGAAAAACAAAAAGCCUAAAGUAAAAUCUAAAAUGAAAAUGCAAAAAAAAGAAGAAAAAGUUUUAGAAGCAUUUUAUGACAGUGCAGAGCUUUGAUUAACACUUAUUUAAUAAAAUAAGACUUGUUUCCUUUCCUGCUGUUGGUGCAUUGAGUUAGUGCUGGUGGUAUCCACGGUGACCGACGUUAGGUCCUCGUCUUGCUCACAAACUCCACGUUGUAUUGAUUAAUGUAUUAUUAUUACUAUUAUUACUAUAUAUGGAUUAUUUUUGUUUUACUUUGACUCCGUUGGCAGUCUUUAUUGGAGGAUGUGAGAAAGAAUCUAGUGCUUAUUUCUUCUCUUGGUCAUUCUGGAUGAGUUGUCCCGAAGAUUAAAUAAAGCAAACAUUUUGGUAACA